AUGUCGAUUAUGGAGUACAAUGGCGGCUCAGUCGUUGCGAUGCUCGGCAAGGACUGUGUCGCGAUCGCGUGUGACCUCCGUCUCGGUGCGCAGGCUACUGGUGUCGCCAUGAACUUUGAGAAGGUCUUCCCUGUCAACGACACUCUCUACUACGGGUUGCCAGGUCUCGCGACGGACGUAUACACUCUCAAGGAGCAGCUCCGCUUCCGCGUCAACAUGUACCGCAUGAAGGAAGAGCGUGAGAUCACCCCGGAGACGUUCACCCACCUCGUUAGCAGCACGCUGUACGAGAAGCGCUUUGGGCCUUACUUUAUCGAGCCUGUUGUUGCUGGAAUCCCCCAGGCCACGGCGUCUAACCCCAACCCCAAGCCCUUCAUCUCGACCAUGGACACCAUCGGGUGCAUCACCACGCCCAAGGACUUCGCGGUGGCCGGAACAGCGACCGAUAAGCUGUACGGUACGGCCGAGGGACUGUGGGAGCCCGACCUCGAACCCGAGGACCUGUUCGAGACCAUCUCCCAAACGCUGCUCAAUGCCGUCGACCGUGACGCCCUCAGCGGUUGGGGCGCUAUUGUUCAUGUUAUCACCAAGGACAAGGUGGUUACGCGGACACUCCGCUCGCGCAUGGACUAA